GCCGCCAUCUUGUCGCGGCUCAGAAUCAGGAUUUCGGUGGAGCAUUAUUUUAUAUUUUGAAACAGAGCGUCCGGAUCUACAUUUAACGGCACCGCUAAUCCAAAAACAAAACACUUAAAUCAUUCAGAAGAAUUUUUUUUGCAAAAACCGUGGAUUUAAUCGGUGUUCGUCGGCCAGAAAGCCCUCGUAUAUCUGAUUUCCCCUUCAGAGAGCGGCGCUUCUGUCCCUAUCUCCGUUCCGAGACGUAUUGUUUACCGGGAGCUAUCGGAGGAGAGACAGCAGCUUAGACACGAUUUUGCAAAAAUAUAUUAUUUUUAUGCAGUUAUGCGCUGUUAUGGGGAUUUAAACGGAUUUUGCACGGAUUUUUUUGACGUCAGGAAAAUGGGUUAUUUGGUGAUGCACAUAUAACGACUCCUGGGGAAACGGUCAACGACCCAUGCCGAUAUAUUUUAAUUUAUUUUUAGCCGUAUUUUUUGUUCGAAGUGAAGUCUUUUUGAUAAUAUAACGAUGAUAAUGUGGGUGUUGGGUGUUGGAUUAUCAUGGGGUGAAUGGCGGUGGCGAAGCGGGGCGCUGUUGUUGCUUUUUUGAAAUUCUCACUUGCUGAUAGCAAGCAGGCUAAUUAGCGAGUUAGCUGCCUAGCUACUUGCUAAUCGUGCGAGAAAGAAAGGUUGUGGUUGGGGGGGUGGGGGGUUGGUCUGAAUAACUUUUUACUGUCGCGGGGAUUUUCCUUCCUUUUUAAAAAUAAUUAAUCAGAAGUAAUUGUAAACUACUGCAAUGGCUGAAAAUCUGCUCGACGUUGGACCUCCCAACCCAAAACGACCGAAGCUGAAUACACCUGCUCUUUCCGCCUCCGACGGUCCAGACCUGGGCUCCCUGUCCUGGGACGACCUAGAGAAUGAUCUUCCAGAUGAACUCAUCCCGAACGGCGGCGACCUCCUGCUGCCCUCCUCCAAUGGUGGCGGGGCGGGCGGCGGAGGAGCGGGUCCUGGCGGCGGGGGAGCGGGCUCCAUUAUGCCCGACGCCGCCGCUAAGCACAAGCAGCUGUCUGAGCUCCUGCGCGCGGGCAGCAGCGGCGGCUCCAGCCUGACGGGAGGCCUGGGCACCGGCAACGCCUCGACUGGGGGCGCCACCUUAGGGGGCGGCCAGCUGGGAGCCCUGGGCAAGAGCCCCCUGGGCCACGGCUCUCCGUCGCACUCCUCCCCACAGCCGCCCAAGCCCGGCGGUGGCGCCAACGCAGGGGUCCAGGCUGCCAACAAUAACGGCGGCGCCAACGGAGGCGCCAACGUAGCCAUGGGCAUGAACACGGCUGGAUUCAGCCAGGCCAUGCUGAACAGCGGACAGGCACACGCCAUGCUGGGCCAGGGCACGGUGGGCCAGCAAGGACAGGUGCUGAACGGGACGCUGGGCCCAGCUGGACGGGGCCGAGGGGCCAUGCAGUACCAGACCCAGGCAGCGGUGGGAGCCGCUGGGGCAGGGGGCAAUGCAGCGGGCAGCGUGCUGGCAGAGACGCUCACACAGGCCGCGCUCAACGCCCAGCAGGCCAGCAGCAUGAAUAAGAUGGGUCUAGCGGGCAAUAGUAGUCCGUUUGGGCAGGCAUAUGGGCAGGGCACUGGGGCCAACAGCCUGCCCCCGUUCCCAUCUGACCUGAAGGGAGCGCCCGUCACCAACGUGGCAAACCUGUCCCAGAUGCAGCAGCAGGCCUCGCCGCAACAACAGCAGCAGAUGGGUGCCACCGUGGGCUUGGUGGCCCAGCAGCAGCAGUUGGGCGCUCCAGUGGGCUUGGUGGCGGCCGGUGCCGCCGCCACUGCCGGAGGUGCCGCGGCGGGCACCGGCGGGGUUGCCACGGGCCCCACGGCCGACCCGGAGAAGCGCAAGCUGAUCCAGCAGCAGCUGGUCCUGCUGCUGCACGCCCACAAGUGCCAGCGCCGCGAGCAGGCCAACGGCGAGGUCCGCGCCUGCUCGCUGCCACACUGCCGCACCAUGAAGAACGUCCUCAACCACAUGACCCACUGCCAGGCUGGCAAGACCUGCCAGGUGGCUCAUUGUGCGUCCUCCCGGCAAAUCAUCUCUCACUGGAAGAACUGCACGCGGCACGACUGUCCUGUCUGCCUGCCGCUCAAAAACGCCAGUGAUAAACGCAACCCGCAGCCCAUGUUGAGUUCUCCCAGCGUGGGUCUGCCCAGCUCCAUGGCGGCGGUGGUGGGGCCUGGCCAGCCCAGCACUCCCGCCAUCAACAGCUCCACCACCAUCGACCCCAGCUCCAUGCAGCGCGCCUACGCGGCCCUGGGCCUCCCCUACAGCAAUCAGCCCGCCACCACGCAGACGCCUGCCCAGACGCCCCACCAGCAGCAGCUACGACCCAUCGGUCUCGCGGGCUCGAAUCAGUUGGCCCUGGGGGGAGGGGCGAUGGGCGUGGGCACCUCGGAUCCAACCAAUCUGCACUCGGACUCAUCACUGCCGUCCACGCUCAAUCCCAACAAUCAGCUGAUGUCUGCCGACUCCGGGGUGGGCGCCACGGCCGCUCCGCUCUCGGCGCCGGGGAUGCGCAAGGCAUGGCACGAGCACGUCACUCAGGACCUGCGCAACCACCUGGUGCACAAGCUGACGUCACUUUGGACAUCCUUCUCUCCCUCCCUCAGAGUUCAAGCCAUAUUCCCCACGCCAGACCCCGCUGCACUGAAGGACCGCCGCAUGGAGAACCUGGUGGCCUACGCCCGCAAGGUGGAGGGGGACAUGUACGAGUCGGCCAACAGCAGGGAUGAGUAUUAUCACUUCCUGGCAGAGAAGAUCUACAAGAUCCAGAAGGAGCUGGAGGAGAAGCGGCGCUCACGGCUGCAGAAGCGGAUUAUCAACCAGGCGCCCCUCAACCCAGCACAGCAGCCGCCCAGGCCUCCAAAUGGACCUAUGCCUAUGCCCAAUGUGCCAAAUCAGAUCAUGAAUCGCAUGCAGGUCUCUCAAGGGAUGAACCAGUUCAACUCCAUAGCCAUGCAGAACGUGCCCAUGACUCAGGCGCCCAUGGCUGCCCGCGCCGCGUCCCCCAUGAACCACCCGCAGCAGAUGAACAUCGGCUCCGUCCCUCCGCUGGGGAUGUCCCCGACGCGGAUGCCCCAGGGUCCGGGCAUGAUGAGCGGCCACACUGGAGCCAUGGUGGGCCAGACGGCCAACCAGACGCAGUUCCUCAACGCCAACACGGCCAUGACGGCCACAGUGGCGCUGGGCCAGACCGCCGCACAGGCAGCUGUCACACAGCAGCAGCCACAACAGCAGCCGCCCCCCAGUGCCGCCGCCGCCGCUAGCCUCCCCCUGAACGCCCUCGGCGCUGUGGGCUCGUCGCAGCUGCCCCAGGCCGCGCUGCGCGCCACGCCGACUCCACCUUCCUCCUCCUCCGCCUCCUCCUCUUCCUCCUCCUCCUCCUCCGCCGCUGCUGCUGCUGCCGCUGCCGCCGCUAGCCUGCAGCCUCUCGCGCCCCCGCAGCCGGCCGCUGCAGCCGCCUCCUCCUCCAGCCGCUCCUCCACCCCCACCCACCCUUCCUCCUCCUCCGCCUCCGCGUCCGGCCCCACGCUGGACGCCCCACAGGCCGCGCUCCAGCCCCAGCAGCAGCAGACGCAGCCCCCCACCACUCCGCUCUCGCAGACUGGUGCCAGUCUGGACAACAGGGUGCCCACCCCGGCAUCGACGGCCAGCGCCGACCCGCACUCCCAGCACGCGCUGGCGGACCUGCCCACGGCCAGCGAGCCCAAAGCCGAGCCGCGGCACGAUGAGAAGGACUUCCAUCCGGCCGGCAUCAAGAUGGAGCCCAAGAUGGAGACUGAGGAAGACUCUGGUUCUCUGUCGGUGAAGAAGGAGGAGCCGGACGGCGGGGAGACGAAGCAGGAGCCCAUGGAGAUGGAGGAGAAGAAGGUCGACCUGAAGGCCGAAGCCAAAGAGGAGGAGGAAGCUGGGGCCAACGGCACAGUCACGUCUUCAUCGCCCCCCCAAUCCCGCAGGAAGAUCUUUAAGCCCGAGGAGCUGAGGCAGGCUCUCAUGCCCACGCUGGAGUCCCUGUACAGGCAGGACCCCGAGUCUCUGCCCUUCCGCCAGCCAGUGGACCCCAUGCUGUUGGGCAUCCCUGACUACUUUGAUAUUGUGAAGAACCCUAUCGACUUGUCCACUAUCAAGCGCAAGCUGGACACGGGCCAGUACCAGGAGCCCUGGCAGUACGUGGACGACGUGUGGCUCAUGUUCAACAACGCCUGGCUCUACAACCGCAAGACGUCCCGUGUCUACAAGUACUGCUCCAAGCUGGCGGAAGUGUUUGAGGCGGAGAUCGACCCGGUGAUGCAGAGCCUGGGCUACUGCUGUGGGAGAAAGUACGAGUUCUCGCCACAGACGCUGUGCUGCUAUGGCAAACAGCUAUGCACCAUACCUCGCGAUGGGACUUACUACAGCUACCAAAACAGGUAUCAUUUCUGCGAGAAGUGCUUCAACGAGAUCCAAGGGGACAGCGUAACUCUCGGAGACGACCCGGCACAGCCGCAGACGAUGAUUUCUAAAGACCAGUUUGAAAGGAAGAAAAAUGAUACACUAGACCCUGAGCCGUUUGUUGAAUGUAAGGACUGCGGACGGAAGAUGCACCAGAUCUGUGUUCUUCAUUACGAGACCAUCUGGCCAUCCGGAUUCAUCUGUGACAACUGCUUAAAGAAGAGUGGGAAAUCAAGGAAGGAAAACAAGUUUUCUGCCAAAAGAUUGCAGUCGACACGGUUGGGCACAUACAUAGAGGACCGAGUUAACAAGUACUUGAAGAGACAGAGCCAUCCCGAGGCCGGGGAGGUGUUUGUGCGAGUGGUGGCCAGCUCUGACAAAACAGUGGAAGUCAAACCUGGCAUGAAGUCCAGGUUUGUAGACACAGGCGAGAUGCAGGAGACCUUCCCGUACCGAACCAAAGCACUUUUUGCCUUCGAGGAGAUUGAUGGUGUGGACGUGUGCUUCUUCGGGAUGCACGUGCAGGAGUACGGCUCAGAGUGCGCCUUCCCCAACACCAGGCGGGUAUACAUAUCAUACCUCGACAGUAUUCACUUCUUCAAACCUCGGUUGUUGCGAACAGCAGUCUACCAUGAAAUCCUAAUUGGCUAUUUGGAAUACGUCAAGAAACUUGGGUACGUGUGGGCACAUAUCUGGGCCUGCCCCCCUAGCGAGGGCGACGACUACAUCUUCCACUGCCACCCUGCCGACCAGAAGAUCCCCAAGCCCAAGCGGCUGCAGGAGUGGUACCGCAAGAUGCUCGACAAGGCCUUCGCCGAGCGCAUCCUCCACGACUACAAGGAUAUCUUCAAACAGGCCACGGAAGACCGUCUGAGCACUGCCAACGAGCUGUCCUACUUCGAGGGCGACUUCUGGCCCAACGUGCUGGAGGAGAGCAUCAAGGAGCUGGAGCAGGAGGAGGAGGAGCGCAAGAAGGAGGAGAACACGGCCGCCUGCGAGACCCCCGAGGGCACGCCCGGGGACAGCAAAAACGCCAAGAAGAAGAACAACAAAAAAACUAACAAAAACAAGAGCAGCAUCAGCCGAGCCAAUAAGAAGAAGCCUGGGAUGCCGAAUGUAGCCAAUGACCUGUCCCAGAAGCUUUACGCCACCAUGGAGAAGCACAAGGAGGUGUUCUUCGUGAUCCACCUGCACUCGGGGCCCAUGGUGAACACGCUGCCGCCCAUCAUGGACCCGGACCCCAUGCUGACGUGCGACCUGAUGGACGGGCGCGACGCCUUCCUGACGCUGGCGCGCGACAAGCACUGGGAGUUCUCGUCGCUGCGGCGCUGCAAGUGGAGCACCAUGUGCAUGCUGGUGGAGCUGCACAACCAGGGCCAGGACCGCUUCGUCUACACCUGCAACGAGUGCAAGCACCACGUGGAGACGCGCUGGCACUGCAAAGUCUGCGAGGACUAUGACCUCUGCAUCAACUGCUACAACACUAAGGGCCACGAGCACCAGAUGGUCAAGUGGGGCCUGGGGCUGGACGACGACAGCAACGGCCCGGGCGGCGAGGCCUCCAAGAGCCCGCAGGAGAGCCGGCGCCUGAGCAUCCAGCGCUGCAUCCAGUCGCUGGUGCACGCCUGCCAGUGCCGCAACGCCAACUGCUCGCUGCCCUCGUGCCAGAAGAUGAAGCGCGUGGUGCAGCACACCAAGGGCUGCAAGCGCAAGACCAACGGCGGCUGCCCCGUGUGCAAGCAGCUCAUCGCGCUCUGCUGCUACCACGCCAAGCACUGCCAGGAGAACAAGUGCCCGGUGCCCUUCUGCCUGAACAUCAAGCACAAGCUGCGGCAGCAGCAGCUGCAGCACCGGCUCCAGCAGGCGCAGAUGAUGCGCCGGCGCAUGGCCACCAUGCAGGGCCGCAUGACGCAGCCGCUGCCCUCGCCGCCCACCUCGGCCGUCCCCGCGCCCGCCGCCGCCGGCAUGCACACGCCGCCGCACCCGCAGCCUCCCACGCCGCAGACGCCCCAGCAGCAGCAGCAGAUGCCCGGCCAGCCCGGCGGCGGCACGCCUAACGCCGCUGGCGUGAUGUCGCCCGCCUACCCGGGCGCCCAGCGGGCCAACGGCCCCACGCAGGCGCCCUCGUCGCAGGGCAAGCUGGGCCCGGCGGCCUCGCCGCUGCACCAGCAGCAGUCGCCCGUGGCCCAGGCCGCCCAGCAGCAGCAGCAGACGACGCCCCAGCAGCAGCUCCAGCAGCAGCAGCAGCAGCAGUCCCAGCCUCAGCAGCAGCCGCCGCCGGCCGCCGUGGAGAUGGCGCGCCACAUCGAGAUGGUGGCCCACGCGCAGCAGAACCCGGCCUUCCGCGUCAACCUCAACGGCCUGCCGCUCAACCACCAGCGGCCGCAGGUUCCGCCCCAGCAGCAGCAGCAGCAGCAGCAGCCCCGCAUGCCGGGCCCCAUGCAGUCGCCCAUGCAGAUCGUGGGCCCGCGGGGGCCCCAGGUCAUGCAGCCCAUGCAGCCGGGCCAGUGGGGGCCGGGGGGCCCUCAGGCGGCCAUGCAGGCGGCGGCCGCCGCUGCCCAGCAGCAGCAGCAGCAACAGCAGCAGGGCAGUUUGCCGCAGCAGCAGCCCCAGCCGGGCAUGCCCAUGCAGAGGCCCAUGAUGCCGCCGCAGCAGCGCAUGCUGGCCCAGCGGCCGCAGGUUCCGCCGCAGCGGCAGGGCGCCAUCGCGCCCAACGCCCUGCAGGACCUGCUGCGCACGCUCAAGUCGCCCAGCUCGCCCCAGCAGCAGCAGCAGGUGCUGAACAUCCUCAAGUCCAACCCGCAGCUCAUGGCCGCCUUCAUCAAGCAGCGCACGCUCAAGUACAACGCCAGCCAGCAGCAACAACAGCAGCAGCAGCAGGGCAUGCACGGGGCUCAGCCAGCCAUGCAGGCCAUGCAAGCGGCCAUGCAGGGCGGAGUGGCGGUGCAGAGGCCCGUCAUGGCACCCCAGCAGCCGGGGCAACCCCAGGCCCAGGGCAUGCCCGCGCUGGGUCCCCAGGGUCAGCUGAUGAACCCGGCGCACGCCUCCAACCCCCAGCUCCAGGAGAUGUACCGGCGGCAGCUCUUACGGCAACAGCAGCAGCAGCAGCAACAACAACAGCAGCAGCAGCAGCAGCAGGGCGUGAUGCCCCAGGCCCACGGACAGUUCCCCCAGGCCCAGGGCACGCCGGCUACCUACUCCCAGCUCCGCAUGCAGCAGCAGCAACAGCAGCAGCAGCAGCUGGCCAUGCAGGCGGGAGCGGCAGGGCCCAUGGGUCAGCUGCCCUCCAUGACCCAGAUGGGGCAGCCCGGCCUGGGCAUGGACUCCCCGCAGAACCUCCUGCACCAGCGGCUCCUCCAGCAGCAGCAGCAGCAGCAGGCGGCGGCGGCGGCUGCAGCGGCGGCCCUGAAGCCCCAGAUGGGCUCCCCGGCGCAGCCCGGCCCCAUGAGCCCGCAGGCGGCCGCCCACCUCCUGGCCGGGCAGCCACUGGCGAACGCGCUGGGCAACCAGGUGCGCUCGCCGGCGCCCGUGCAGUCCCCGCGCCCGCCCUCCCAGCAGCCGCCGCCACAUUCCAGCCCGUCGCCAGCGCAGAUCCAGCCGCAGCCCUCGCCCCAGCACUCCGGCCCGCACUCGGGCUCGCCCCACCCGGGCCUGGCGCCGCCCAUGCCAGGCGCGCUGGAGCAAGGACACCUCGGGGCUGCGGAGCAGAGCGCCAUGCUGCCGCAGCUCAACACGCCCAACCGUAGCGCUCUCACCAGUGACUUGGGCAUGGUAGGGGACACCACGGGAGACACGCUGGAGAAGUUUGUGGAGGGCUUGUAGCGCUAUUUUGGGAGAUUGAUUUUUUUGUUUUUUUCCCUUUCAUGGACCCACAGACCCACCCAUUCAAGUCUCCCCUCCUCUUUUUUUCUAGAAGGGGUGGUGGGCACAUUUUUUUGUUUCCUUGGACGAGCUUUUUGUACUGACAUGUAAAAAGUUUCGAGAAAUGUAUGGAGUGGAAAAAAGUUGAAAAAAUUAAUAAAAAAAACAGUGCUUGGGAAAUGUUGAUAUGUUUCCUAUAAAAACAAAAGAAUGAUAUUUGCUAUAUGUCAAGGGAUUUGAAAAAAUGCUGUUUAAAUGAAAAUUUAAAAAUGACAAAGAAUAUAUAUUUUGGUUUUGACCAUAUUCUUGGUCGUUAUGUUUUUGUUUUAAAUUUUGUUUUAUUUUUCAUUUUGCUUGUUUUUAUGGUAUGGGUUCAUGCCUUUUUUUUUCUUUUUUAAAAAAUUUACAAAAAACUUCAUUAUCUUACUCAUACUUUUUAUUUUGUACCUUUUUGAAAUACUUCUGAUUUUUUUUGUUCUCUGAGUUUGUUGUCAUUGUCGCUGAGAGACUGUAAAAUAAUUGGUCGGGGGAAUUUUGGGCCAGGUUUUCCUCUGCUCUCUCUCUCUUGCUCUCCUCAUACCUGGCGAUUGUAUUCUCGUGUUGUACUAUUUUUACAGACAUGCGUUUUCUUUUUUUUCUGGGAGGGAGUUCUUCCACUCCCCUUCGUGAAGUCCAUUUGAGGAGAACUCGUUGUUUGUAACCAAUAGGAACUGGGCAUACACACAAGCAUGUAUGCACACAGACACACACACACACAGAAAAGACGUACCUGCACACACAUUCACAUGGAUACACACAAAAAAGAAAACCGUACACCAUCAAAACCUUGUUCAGAAACAACCUAGAAGAAGAGGAUGUAAAGAUGGAGCAUCUCGUGUCGGGCCCCUAUCUACAGAGAUUUCUGUCCAGCAGGUGUAGAAAGUUGUUGCAUUGUCAUAUAAGAUUUUUGUCCUUAAAGUUUUUGUCAUACAGAAUAUAUGAGUAUAAAAAAAGAAAGCUGGGGGAAGAUGGGUCCUUAUGCCGAGUGGGAUGGUAAGGAGGUAGUCACUGGUCGAGUGUUUUUGUGUUGAACAGAGUUCUGCCAUCGACCCCUCAUCCCUCUCACACGGAAAAAAAAACUUGAACUGGGGGCUCUACUUUUUCCUCUUAAUGUAAAUCAUGCAAGUUAUUACGCAAAAUACUAUAAAUAUAAGGACGAGAGAACGGAAUCACUGUAUAAACUGGUUAAAAACUCAUUUCUUACUUAUAUACCAUAUUGUUAAAUAAACUGUGUGCAACAGAAAAAAAAA